GCAUUCAUUGAUGCAGCAUGAAGCCUUGCACUUGUUUGGAAGUCAAAAUCCAAGAAUUUCUGCAUGAAUGGCAAAACAUAUCAGAAUGUACACACAUAUCAUAGUCUACAAAAGCUACCUCAACCCAAAAGGCUAGGGAAAAAUCCCAUCAUCCAGUGUUAUGUUGGCAUUGUUUGCAAUCUUAAAUGCUUGUACUUCUGUUGGGGGUUAAAACUUCUUGCACUCUCUGCCAAGCCUUUGGAUAAAAGAAGCUUUAGUGCAUCAACACCUUCUCGCAAAGCAGCAUUAAUCUUGUACAAGAGGAAAGAUAAACAUAUCAUCAGAAAGAAUAAUGCACUUACUACUUAUUCUUUAGGGCAUCUUGUCCUCUUCCAAUAUUCUCAGUCAAAUACCAUUAAGUAAAAAUCUCACUCACCUCAACAUGCACUUUGUAUUAAUGUUACAAGUUCUGGGUGGAGAUUGACUUUGAACCACAUUUAUAUUGAGUCAACAUUCUCAAUAAUUCUAGAUUAUGAUAAUUUAUAGAAUCACAAAUUUUAACAAGAAAUAUAGAGUUGACUAGAGAACAAAAAGUACCUUAUAGGAAAUCAGAAACUUAAUCAGAAUUAAGUUGACAGAGGGGACAGCCUGUAGAAAUUUAGGGCACAUUGACAAGGAUAAUAGAUGCUUGUAGAACUAAAUCUUAUAAAUUUAAAAGCAGUGU